ACUCUUGUUCCAAAGCCAGCCGGCAGCUGUCACAUAGCGGAGGCAGCAAGCAGCCUGAGCAAAGAGUGAACCUACUCUGUCAUUUAGGAUGACUCACAGGGAAUUGGCAUUAAUCCCUCUCUUUCUUGUAGUGGACGGAGCACAGCCAAAAAGCUACACUGGACCAGAUCAAGGAGAAGGUGGCAAGAUUGAUGACAAAAACUGCAGAGGGAAAUAGCUCCAAGUCCACCUCCUAGAAAGGUCUGGAUGGCAGAACCACCGUGCAAUGCUGCUGUAAAGAAAUGUAAAGAAACUAUGCCCCAGACACCAAUAUUUUCCAGCAUGCUUGGUUCCGGAUGUAGUGGGCAGGUGCAGCCAGAUACAGGAGAGAGGAGUGGAGAUCCUGUUUAUCAAGAUGGGAGUCUCAUCUCUGGAUCACUAGAGGCCCUGAUUGAGCGCCUAGUACCCACCACAGACUAUUAUCCAGAUAGGACAUACAUCUUUACCUUCCUACUGAGUUCCCGAGUCUUCAUUCACCCCCAUGAACUCCUAGCUAAAGUGGGGCAAAUCUGCCUUAAACAGAAGCAGCAACUGGAGACUGGAGUCGACGCAGACAAGGCGAAGCUUAAGUCCUUUGCUGCCAAGAUCAUUCAGCUCCUGAAAGAAUGGACAGAAACCUUCCCCUAUGACUUCCAGGAUGAAAAAUCUAUGAAAGAGCUGAAGGAAAUUGCUCACAGGAUCACACAGUGUGAUGAGGAAAAUGGAACUGUGAAGAAGAUCAUUAGCCAGAUGACGCAGAAUCUACUGAUGACUCUUGCGGCACGCAAUCAGUACCAGGAGAUCAGAGAGAAGUUCCGCCAACCCGUGACUGACAAAGGCACGAUCCUUAAAACAAAGCCUCAGUCAUCACAGAAGGACAUACUGAGUGUUUGCUGUGACCCACUUGUCCUUGCGCAGCAACUCACACACAUUGAGCUGGAGAGGGUGAGCAACAUUUACCCCGAGGACCUCAUGCAAAUAGUCAGCCACGUGGACUCCCUGGAUAAUCACAAGUGCCGAGGCGACGUUACUAAGACUUACACUCUGGAGGCGUACGACAACUGGUUUAAUUGCCUCAGCAUGUUGGUGGCAACGGAGAUUUGUAAGGUUGUGAAGAAAAAGCAGCGGACAAGAAUAGUGGAAUUUUUCAUUGAUGUGGCAAGAGAGUGCUUCAACAUUGGAAACUUUAACUCCAUGAUGGCCAUUAUCUCGGGUAUGAACUUGAGUCCUGUUGCCCGGCUAAAGAAAACUUGGUCCAAAGUCAAAACAGCCAAAUUUGAUGUUUUAGAGCAUCACAUGGACCCAUCCAGCAACUUUUGCAAUUACCGAACAGCCCUUCAAGGAGCAGCACAGAGAUCGCAGACAGCACACAGCAGCAGGGAGAAAAUAGUCAUCCCCGUUUUCAACCUCUUCAUUAAAGAUAUCUACUUUCUGCAUAAAAUACACACCAACCACUUGCCCAACGGACAGAUAAACUUCAAGAAGUUCUGGGAAGUUUCAAGGCAAAUCCACGACUUUAUCACAUGGAAGCAGGUGGAGUGUCCUUUUGAGAAGGACAAGAAAAUCCAGAGCUACCUGCUCACAGCACCUAUUUAUAGUGAAGAAGCUUUGUUUAUUGCAUCAUUUGAAAGUGAAGGUCCAGAAAAUCAUAUGGAGAAAGACAGCUGGAAGACACUCAGGACAACUCUGCUCAACAGAGCCUGAGAUUUUGGACUUCUGCUCUGGAUUCUAAAGCACACACUAAAAAAAAACAUUGUUUUUAAAUCCUCGAAGACAUGAUUUGAAACAGGAAGGCCUCACUGGUUGGGGUCUGUUUUGUAGAUACAAUGCCUUUUAUGAAUUACAGAAGAAAAAAAAUGUGCUAAAUAUUUCACAUCAACCUUAAGGCACUUAAAAAAAUGAAGGAUUUUGUUUUUUAACUAUAAAAAGAAGAAGAAAAAUCAAGGGCCGGGCCCUGUUCUCAGAGAUGAAAUGGAUUGUAGGGAGUGGUAUCUAUGGUGGUGUCUUAUUGUGAUGACAUCCAGAUCUUUAUUUUCAUGUUCGGUUUCUUCCACCUAACACACGCACAGUCUCAGACGGGCUCAACAUUUUGCAGGUUUGGUUUCCGCUAUGCCUUGAUCCACCCAACGCUUCCUGAAAAUAAAUGUUGUCAUGUGGGGCUGAUGCGUUUGAAAUCAGCAAGGCUUCCACAGACCUAAAGAGGGACAAGCGCGUUUCCCAGAACAGGUGCAGGUUGACUAAGGACAGUAUAAGCACAGAGCCCUUGGUUGAACUAUAACCCUCAUUUGGGGCAUCUGAUAUUUUUGAAGAGCUUGCUUCUCCUGCUGCAUCACAGAAAACAGAAGGCAAAAAGCAGCUUCCAAGCCACACCUUGUUGCCCCCCCCUUUUCCAUCUAGUGAAGUAGGACUUUGCCUAUGAAAGCUCACACCGCAACAGAUCUAUGAGUUUCCAACAUGCCACAGGUUUCUUUGUUGCUUCUAUUGCAAUGGAUUCUACACUGCUACACUUCUGGAAUUUCUUCUCAAUGUUCUGGGUCCCCCCCCCCCUUUUUGUCUUUAUGCUGCUUUCCUGGCCUCAUUUACUUUGUGGAGCACUAGAAAAUUGUGCUCUUGGGGCCAAUUUAUACAGUCAACAGAGUCAAGCAGUAAAGCUUGGAGUGUACCGCUAUAGACAGAGGGGUGGUGUUGCUUUCAUGUGUGAAUGUUCAAAUAAAAGAAACAUACCUUGGAGAAGAUUUUUCUACCCAAUAUGCUAGAUUUCUACAUACAGUGCCUUGGAUCAUAAGAUACACUAAUGUAAGGGAGUUCAUGGAAGUCAAGUGUUCCUUCUCCUCCCCCUGCUUCUUUGAAGGAUCAGGGUUCCCUCCUGAAUAAUGUGAGAUGGGCUACUGCAGCCUCCCAAAUUGGACUUGGAGUUUACUUAAGUUCAUGGACGAAAAAUUUCCUGUCUCAUCCUCUCCCAACAGCUCCCUGCAACCCAUCCCAAAUAAUUUAGGAGGGCUCCCAAUCACCCAGAGAAGUGUCUUUUGUUUUUAAGAGGCCAAGAUUGCCGCGGGGCAGGGGGAAUGGUGGGAAACUUUCUUUCCAUGAACUUUCAUAAGUAAACCUCUCUUAGGAUCCAAGCCAAUUCUUUUGUUUUUCUGGAGAGCACACAAAAGCCUAUCCACCCCCACCUGUAGCGGUCCAGAUCAGGUCCAGCUUCACCAUUUAAUUCUGCCAGUUUUGUAAAGUUUGGUAUGAUUGGCAGACAGGCCGGUAGUCCCGCCCACCUGUCAGAGUUGGCCGAUGGAGGUGGGGGCAGGGCGGAGAAAGAUCUGGCCCACGAGGCCGAAAAGGUUCCCCCCACCCCUGGUGUAAAUAGACCCUCGACUGCAAGGAAACAGCGCGGGAGCCUCUGCGGUUCAGCACAAAGACUGUCUCCUUUAGUCUGGCCUUAAAAACCACUGUAGCAGCAUGGCUGCUCCCCUCUUACAUCAGAGAAUAGUGCCUUACAAGGUACUGAAAAUGUUUAGCGUACCUUCUUCUGCAACUCGGGUUGGAAGCAAGCAAAAUAAAAAUAUGGAUGUCUUUAAUAAUUAAAAAAAAACCAGCUACAGCUUUGUAAAUAAACUGGAAGAUAUGGCACAUGAACUAGAGUAUACCUACAGUAAUGGUGCAGCAGAACUUAUUUUUGUUACAAGGUUUGACAAGGUAAAAUAGGAUAAUUGCUAGAUCCUCCUUCAUCUUUCCUCCUCCCCUACCCCUCCUUUACUAGACCCAAGAAGUCUUUAGUUUACAUUUGUGUGUUUGUUUAUCAGGGAUUUUAAGAGAGGGAGAGUACAGUUGUCACAGUCUCAGCAAAAGAUUAACUGCCAAUGAUGUGUUGUCUUUUACAAACUAGCCUCUGACUAACAAAUCCUUAAAUUAGUCGGAGGAGGUCAACCAGAGUAUUGCAACACAUGGUUCAAGGUGGACUUUAUAAAAAGGCUUUGCUAAGUUAAGGUGAGCUCAAAGAUCAGGUAAAAUAUUAAAGCCAUUGGUAGCCAGUGUGGUGUCCUCUGGAAGCUGGUAUAUUGCACCUCCCAGCAGCCUCAGCUGACAAAGCCAAUGAUCAGGGAUAAUGGGAGCAACUUUUAGAGGACCACAUUGGUUAUUCCUGGGUUAAAACAUCCUGCAGUGAAUUUGAGAACAGUUUGCUGCUGCCAUGCAUUGCUCCUACUGGUAGGCCAGUUGACUAUCAAUAUUAGUUCAUGUCCCCUGACCUUAUGAUAACAUGUAAGAGCAAUUUACCCGAUUAAGUAACUUUUGUAGUUAUAACUGUUUAUAAUAUAUACAGUCAUGCUCAGAGUAGGCCCACUGAAAUCAAUGGAUAUGACUAAUUUGGCUCCAUCCACUUCAGUGGGUCUACUCAGACUGAUGCUGGAGACAACCCAAUAUAUGUAAUGUGAAGUCACCUUUUGAUACCUAACUCCUCCUGGGAUGAUGGAGCUUGUUGUAUAAUUAUUGGUGACAGUGGAACUUGUAAGAGGUUGUCAAGACAAACCACCACAUUCUGGUGCAAUCACAGCUGUGCAAGGCACAAUUUCAAAUUUAUAAGCAUUGCAAUGCCUCCCUUCUUAAUUUAUUAUAUUGCUUUGAGGAAACGUUUCCUACUCAUUAUAAAUCUCCUAUCAUGCUAUUUUGAUAUUUUCAUUUCUCAGAGCUACACUAUUUUCCCUGCUCCUUUGAAAGACUUCAAGCUGUCCUCACACACAAGCCACAUCACUUGAUUACUCAGGCGGCAGCUGAAUGUGUGAAUUGACUCCAAUAGAAGAGUAUUGCAUUUGAGGUGCUCACUUACAUGCAAAAUCAUGAUUUGAUGUUUCACUUUUCAAGUGCCGAACAUCCAUAUGCGAACCAGCCCAUAAGAGCAAAACCACCCCAUUUGGAACAAAUCCCUACAGACCAAGUUUAGGAGCAUAUUCCAAAACCAAUUAAGCUAGCCUAAUUUAACUUAUUUUUAAUUGUUCUUGAGUAUGUGGCUAAUUCACUGAUAAGAAUCAUUAGGCUUCAGAUUUCUCAGUUGCUUAAAAAUCUUGUUACUAUCCAGCUUUUUCCUAAUUAAUUUUUCAAUUAGACAAAAAACAAACACCAAGCACUGGAUUAAAAAUACUUGUUUUAAUUAAGUGAUAAUUAUAUAUUAUCAUGUACCUACUACUUUCUCGAGAACAAUUAAAUUAAGAACCCAUAGUGGGCCAAUUAAUAUACCAUAUUUGCAACACCUAAAAACAUAAAUGUGUGAAAAGAUCUUACUAUUCCACCCUACCCCUGUUUUCAAGUUAAUACAUGUUUCUCUGGGAAGAAAACUCAGUUUUAUUGAAAAAACAAAUAUGAUUUGCCAAAGCAUUUCACUGCCACCACAAAAAUUGUUCAGCGAAUAAGGCAAGACAAAUUAACUAAACAGAAGCAAUGGAACAGAUUUAUACACCUCAAAAGAGGAAACAGAAUAUUAUGUAUUAACAGAAAGAUGGCCCCACAAAGACAGAGACAGAAUUAGUGGCUUUGAUUAUUUGUGACCUGCUGCUAUCCCCCCCACCCCCCAAUGCUGAAGUAUUGAUCUUCAGCCCUAGAGGUAAGAGAAUAUUUAUACUGUAUUAUUACAGUGGGUUUUUUGCACUUUUGGAGAUGUCCUAGCUAGCAACAUUGUCAAACACUAUGAAAGGGAUUGUAUAUCAGCUUUGUUAAUGUAUUUGAAAUUUACAAAAGGAUGCUUUAAAUUUCAGAGAUAUAUAUUUGAAAUGCAGUUCUGGGACACUUUGUGUAUACAUAUUUAAGAAGACAGAAAAAGCUUUUACAUGAAUGUGCACUCCAGUGGUCAAUUGGUUCUAGUAUAUAUACUUGAAAAAGUGCCAUUUCUAUAUGGCUUUCUAUUAUUAUUAUUAUUAUAUUCUUUUCCUUUGGUUUGAUACAUUCCUUCGCCAUCCGUGUUUUUGUUAUUCUGAGCUGAAUUGCUACAUAUAAAGCUGUACCAUAAAGCAGGAUAUUCUGUGUUUGACUAGAUGUGCUUGCAUUAAUAAAAUCAGAAUUGCUUCAACCAGG